AUGGACACAUUUGUGACCCUGGCCGAGGUGUUGGAGGCACGGGGGGCACCUCUGGAGGAGGACGAUGUCUGGGCCCUCCUGCAACUCACCGGAGAUAUGUUACUGGACACCUCCUCUAAAGGAAACAGCAAAUGUCAUAUCAUCAGUCCUGGAUCCCUCUUACUGUCUGCCAGUGGCCACCUUGCUUUUAAGAACUGUGGCCGAUCGGAGGACGUCAGCUCUUUCAGUGCCCCUGAAAUGCUGCAAGGACAGGCGUUCACCACCAGGCUUAACACUGAGAAGAUGAUGGUAUAUUCCCUGGGAAUGACACUGUACUGGUCAGUCGAUUAUCGACUUCCUGAGAACCAGCCUGUACAGUUGGGCGACCAUCUGAACGGCCUCUUACUGAGUAUGUGCGAAGACGUAUCUCACAGACGGGCCAAUCUUCUGACUGUGUUGGAGAAGUGUGAAGUUCAUUACAAGACAGAAGUCUUAGCACCUCCCUACAAAGUCAUCAAACAGCUGGUGGAGGACUUCUUCCGGGAUUCUGUGGACCAUGCGUCUGAGAGCAAAGCCCACCUGACUGAUCGCAGCCAGAUGAUCAGAGAAAGAUUACAUGGAGGUUCGCAUCAGCAAUCAGCUUGGGCACAUGCAAUCAAGAGCUCACCAGCCCAUGUAUACCAGUCUGUCUCCGACAGAAUUUCCCAGGAGCGACAUCACAGUGGCAGCUGGAACACCCCAAAUCCAUUCGUCUCUGGUCUCUCUGACCCCAGAGCUUCUCGCCUCUCUGAUUCCACUGUCAGUCUCACCCAGAAAAAAUUAAAGAACCAGGGACCUGAGUUUGUCAGAAGCCUGGAGCCCCAGAUUGUCUUGGAGCUUCCUGGAUCCAUUGUGUCUAAGAAAGGAAAGUCAUAUUCAACACAAAGAGAGCUGAGUGUGGUCAUGCCAAAUGGUCAGCGCAUCCUGGUCAAGUGUGAUGUUAAGUCCAAGGGUGCCGAUGUCUUUGACAUGGUCGUGGCUCAUGCGAACCUGGUCGAGCACUUCUACUUCGGCCUUGCUUUCAUGGACGAUGAUGAAUUUUUCUUCCUGGACCACGACAUAAAAAUCUCAAAAGUGGCCCCUGAAUGUUGGAAGAAACUGCCCUCUGCGAACUUCCUUCUUUUUCUCCGAGUUAAGUUUUUCGUGGAUGACAUCGAUUUAACUUUGCACAGGCUCACUCGUCACCAGUACUAUCUGCAGCUGCGGAAGGAUAUUCUGGAGGAUAGGGUGUGCUGCGAUGAAGAGACAGGCUUGUUCCUUGGUGCUCUGGCCCUCCAAGCUGAAUAUGGGGACUACAUUCCACAGGUGUAUGGGAAGAAUUACUUUCAGCCAGAGCAGUAUGUGUCUAAGAGGUUGUUGGAGAAGAUGGCCUUGCACUGUUUAAAAGACGAGUUAUCCAGACUCCAUGCACUGAGCACCCAGAUGCUUCCAGAAGAAGCUGAGCUGGAGUUUCUAAAGGUUACUCAGCAGCUUCCAGAGUACGGAGUUAUGUUUCACCGUGUUGCCCAGGAGAAAAGAGCUGCUAUGGGAGAGCUGAUCCUCGGAAUAUGUGCUAAAGGAAUCAUUGUGUACGAGGUCAAGAACAACUCCCGCUUCAGCAGUCUGAGACUGCAAUGGAGCGAGACAGACAGCAUUUCCUCCACACGUCGUAAAUUCAGUGUCCAGAACAGCGUCAGUCGACGAAGGCACACCUUCAUAACGGAGAGCUCAAAAAUCUCCAAAUAUCUCCUCAGUCUCUGCUGUGCCCAGCACAAGUUUUACAAUGAAAUGAAUUCACGACAGCGUAGCCACAGCAUAGCCUCAGAGGAGAGUAUUCCACAAUACACUGCCGUGUGCAGGGCCCAGCGCAGCCAGGUGAGGGCGCUGACCUACUCUGACGUCAUGCUCAACGGCGGCGGCCGACACCUUUUGGACACCCCGCCCAGGGACUCCAUGAGCAAGCACUGUGAUGAACUGGCAUCCAAGAUGGAGGCACGCACCAAACAGCAGCAAGAGCAGAGGGAGCCUCAAGAGCUUCAAGAGCAGCAGGAGGACAAGGACAAGCAACCGGCCUGGAGAACUCCAGUUCCAAGCCCCUGUAAAGAAUCCACCUCAUCCUUACACAAGCGAAAUUCAGUGGCUCACUCUGUGGCUUCAACCUUCAGAGAUACCCCAACAAGAUUUGCCAUGCCUGAGCGAGAAAUUGUCUGUGUCUCCCUGAGGAAGGACCCUAAACUGGGACUUGGCAUUGUGCUUAUUGGAGAAGAAAACACAGAGAAUUUAGAUCUGGGGAUAUUUAUUGCAUCGAUCGUCCCUGAUGGACCAGCAGACAAAGAUGGCCGUAUAAAACCAGGUGGGAGGCUGAUUUCUCUCAAUAAGACCAGUCUGGAGGGGGUGACCUUCAGUGUAGCGGCUGACAUCAUACAGAGCUGCCCGGAUGAUGUGGAGCUCAUCGUCUCCCAGCCCAUCCGAGCUGUGCUUGAAAGAAACUACGACUCCCAGACAACACUGAACGCUGAGUACCGGCCAGGCGAGGAUGACCCGGAAGAGGUCCUGACCGUGGAGAUGACCCCCAGCUCUGCCAGCCGGCUGCCCGUACCCAUGGUUCGGGUUAUGGAUGCACAGGAGUGCUACUCCAGGUCGUCAUCUUUGUCCAGUCUAAAAGAUGAUGAAGUGAUCUCUCUGGAGCUGAGGAAGAUUGAUGGUAAUUUAGGAAUGAGCAUCAUUGCGGGCAUUGACAACAAUGUGCGUGACGGUGGGGUCUACAUUAAAAGUCUGGUUCCAGGAGGAGUUGCUGAACAAGAUGGCCGUAUCCAGAUAGGUGACAGACUGCUGGCGGUGGACAGAGUCAGGCUCAGGGGCGUCACCCACCAACAGGCUGUGGACACCCUGAUGAGGACGGGAGAGGUCGUGAGCCUGGUUCUGCAGCGGGAGCUAAUGCCAGAGCAGUGCUACGGCCCCGAUACCCAGAAUACCCAACCUACCCUGCAGGCCCUGCCCGCCUCGAAAACCCCCCAGACCAUCCGUAUCAGGAAGAUCAGCUGUCCUGCAGUUCCCAUAGCAACAUCCUUUUCCAUCAUGGCCAAGGACAACAGCUUCAUGUCUUUGGAAAACACAAUGGAAGUGAUGGUGAGGAAGAGCAUUAAUGGCCUGGGGUUCAGCUUCAUCAUCUCACCCCUGGACACCCCAGGGGAGUCUGGGACCAUCGUCCGGAUCAAGACGCUUUUCCCAGGCCAGCCGGCGGAGGAGUGUGGGCUUAUCCAGGAAGGAGACAUCAUCUUGGCCGUCAAUGGCCAGCCCCUAAGGGGGAUGUCCUACCAGAAAGUUAUCCAUCUUCUGAGGGGAGUCCAGUCUGAGGUCAGGCUGACCCUCUGUCGCCCUGCUGCAGGUGUCCUCACAGACUGUAACCAUACCAGGAGUCCUACAUCCACCAAGAGGGGAGUCAGGUCAAUGUCGCUCGACGUGCGGCCAAACUAUUUUAGCCGGUUUCGUGGGAGCACAGGCUUCUUGGUGAAGAGGGCCCAGGACACAGCUCUGAGAUGAGCGCAGGCCCCCGGCCCCCCUCCCCAGGAAACAAGAGACUGCAGCAGUGGUGAUGGGGGAGACAGUGGAGUGACCACAGGGAGCAAAGAGCUCAGACCUGGAGAUAUGGGCUUCAACUUCGAUAGCCAACAUUAUACCAGCGCCUCUUCAAACAGCGACAGAGUCAGAGUAUGAAGAGGAGGAUGAGGGUCAGACAAAGGAGGAAAAUAAUUUAUGAAAGACGCCAAGCCAUGUGCAUUCGAUCAGUAUU